GUUAUUAAGUGCAAAGCUGCUGGCUGGGAAAAGGAGAAACCUUUGACUAUAGAAGAUGUUGAAGUUGCUCCUCCAAAGGCUGGAGAAGUGCGCAUAAAGGUACUUGCAAGUGGAGUGUGUCACACUGAUGCUUAUACACUGGAUGGUCAUGACCCAGAGGGAAUAUUCCCAGUCAUCCUUGGUCAUGAGGGAGGUGGUAUUGUGGAAAGUGUUGGAGAGGGAGUCACUUCAGUGAAAGAAGGUGAUCAUGUUAUUCCAUUAUACAUACCUCAGUGUCGUGAAUGCAAGUUCUGCAAGUCCCCCAAGACAAAUCUGUGCAGCAAAAUCAGAGAUACUCAAGGCAAGGGUGUUAUGCCAGAUGGGACCACACGUUUUACAUGUAAAGGAAAGGAAAUCUACCAUUUCAUGGGAUGCUCUACCUUUUCUCAGUACACAGUUGUUGCUGAGAUUUCUGUUGCUAAGGUGAACCAGGAUGAUUACUUAAAUUUGUAUAUUCUUAAAAGUGGAAGAUUACAGUGCAUGAAUAAAUUUCAGGAGAGCACAAAUAUUAUGGUCUAA